CCCCAACUAGCCAGCAGGGAAAGAACAGAUUUCCUCUAAUAAUGCUACACGUCAGGUUGUUAAAGAUACUUCAUCUCCAGAACGAAAUACUUUUAACUCAUUUCUUGAAUGGCUGUGAUGCUAGUGCCAAUCAAGAAAUAGGCAAUUUUAAGAAUGACAUUUUGUAUACAAAUUAACCAUUUCUGAAAAUGGUGUUCUGUAACAAAAAUGUAAAAAGAUAAGUACAGGAGAUGAUUUGUAUUACUAUAGAAGUACUGAUUAUAACAUGUAUAAAAACACCUCUUUCAUUAGUUGUCUUACAUUCAGAUUAUUUUUGUCAAAUUUUCCAGACUUGUCCAAGGAACGGUGAUCAUUGAUGCCAGUAUGUUGAUUUUUAUUUACCUUGGGUAUUUAUGUAUUACCUGGAGACAGCCUUGUUUUCUGGUCUUUGUUUUUGUGCUGCUUUGCAGUGUUAUCGAAAAAGAAAGCCAGACUGUUUUAUUGUUUAUCUGAUUACUAUCUUUAACAGUCUUCCAAUAAAGGAUGCAGGAAGAAAAAUGGGUAGGGUGAUAGUAUUUUAUGAAUUAUAUUUAUUCCAAAUUCUUACUAAGAUAGAUUUUGCCUCUCUUCUUUUAACUUUUAUAAACAUUGACCACUAGUUUUGUAAACAUGAGGAAAUCCCUUGAUUGAUAGUAACUAGGAAAUAGUUUUGGGAUUAGUACUUGAGUAGAAAUGUGGAUUUUGAAAUGAUUUGAUCCUGAGUUUAUUAUUUACUAUUUCUGGUUUCUAGAAAUCAUUGGAUAUAUUGGGUUUUUUAAAAAUAUUAUAAGGUUCUCCCAAACAAAAUUUUAUCUAGUAUGCAGGUAAUUGUUCCUCUAGGAACAAAAGCAGUAGGGCUUGGAUGUAUUCAUUCAAGGACAGAAGAAUUUUUGUGGCAGAAUAUGAUAAAAGGAAUCUCAGGAAAAUUAAGUGGGAAAGUGCUAUUCUGUUCUGAAGUGAUAGAUUCAUUUGUUUUGUUUUGUUUUCCUUAUACGAAAAUGUUUUCAGUUUAAAGUUCAAGACGAGGAAAGCCAGAACUUACUUAUCUAGAAAAACUAAGGAGAUGGGGGGGAGGAUAGCCCUCACCAAUUUAAUGCCAUAUAAGAGUCACUUUUUCAUUUCAAGAAAAAUUAUGUAGCGUUUGGAACUUUAGGAUUCUUUUAUAAUAGCAAUCAAUUCAGCAACAUUUCUAUAGUCACCAAAGAUGAGAGACCCUAGGCCCAGGUCAAAGGAGGUUAGGCACCUGGUGGAUCAGAGCCUACUGCAGAUAUUAACUAUGUGGCCCCAGGCGAGUCAUUUUGUGUCUGUUUGCUUCAGUUUCCCCAUUUGCAAAAUGGGAAUAAUAAUAGCGCCUAUCUGCCUGGGUGGUUUUAAGGAGCCAAUGAGAUAAAAUUUCAGAGUACUUUGCAAUCCUUAAACAUAUGAUCUUAGUCCUUUCAGUGUUUUACAGCAAAUAGAAAUUCAACAGUUAGAAUUUUAACCAACUUUCUUCACAUGGCAUUAGAAUCCAAGUUGAAAGGAACCUCAGAGCUGUCUAGUGCAAUCCAUACAUCAACUAAUCUCUCUCCUCUAGAAGAUCAUUGACAGAUGGCAGAAGUCAUCUGACUUUGGUCUGAAAUGAGAGACUUGGAAAGAACUUUGACCCUCCCAAAGUAGCUCAUUCUAUCUUUGAAUGGCUAUAAUUGUUAGGAAGUUGGGUUUUUUUUUCCCUUCAAGCCUAGUUAUUUCCACUAGUUCUAGCCCUUCCCUGGGGAAAAGCAGAACUUAAUCUCUCUUUUCUACAUUACUUAGAACUAUUGCUGUGUCUUCCUGGAUCUGCAGGCUAAACACUCCUGUUCUGUCUUAGGACUCCCAGUCCAGUACUAAGUAUGUUGCCCUCUGGAUAUUGUCUAUCAGAGAAUGAUCCCAAGAAAAAUGAGGACAAAAUGUCUGGUCUAACUAGGCUGCUUAUUUAUGCUGGCGUUUUUCAAACCUAAUGCUGUAUAAUGUAACAGAUUCACAUUAAAUUAUUCCUGCCAAUCAAAUCUUGAAUUAAAAAAAUAAAAGGACUGUUUUAUUUUCCCCAGAAGGAUCUGUUGAAGCAGCCUUUGCUUUGUAGAAAUCAAAAGAUGCAUGAUUCCCUGACUGAAAUUUGCAGAUGUUUAUAACCAUUUAAAGGUGCUGCUUAGUAGAAAAAUUUUACCAAAUUAGAUUCAGUAAGGAGGCAGCCUCUUUGAUGAUCACGUGAUAAAGCAGACUGAUGUAGCACCUUAGGGUUGGCAGAAUGGUUCCUUCAACACGACCAGGUUAUACAGACAGCCUCGUUUUAGAACCUACAUGGCUAAUAAGGUUUCGUACGUGCUGAUACCGAGUCUACCAGCGGUGCCUCUGGUACUGACGGUGAGUUAGAAGGAAGGGAAGCUCCCUCCCCACAGACACUUCCCCAUCACUACUGGAGGAGAGGAUGUAGAGAAAGAAACACCUAAAGAAGAUCAUUUGAGCUUUGGUAUCUUAGCUCUGUGUGCAGGCCACAGGUACAUCUUACGAAUAAUGAGCUUAAAUCUGCACUGCCUGUGUCUAAAGGAGAAUUGGCUGGUGAAAAGAAAUCGUAUUCAUUGUCGCUAUUUUCCAGAAAUUACCAAGGCAGUGGCUAAGUGGAGGCCAGGGUCCUUCAGUCUGGUUCCCUUGGAGCCAACUGAGAUUGUCGCAUCACAUCCCUGAAUAAGCUUGUGGCCAUGUUCUUUCUCAAACAACUCAAACCAUCCUAAGACAUUUCCUUCUCUUCAGCAUGGAGUAAGAACAUUAAAUGUUGGAUCAGUGUAGUCUCUGUCAGACACGUGAGGGAAACUGGAGCAAACUGGGAUUAGGUAGUGAAUCUGCCAUGGACUUCCUAGCUCCCUGGCUACCAGAACCCAUUCCAUUUUCCAGUGCUGUUGUGUUGGCUUUGCUUUCCCUUUUGGAUUUAGCUUCCCCAGCUUCCAGAGGCCUGGCCUGUUCUCUCCUAUGUCUAGAAGGGCUCCAUCUAUCCUCUUUACCUUCAGAAUCUUCUUUGUCUAGUUCCUAAAUUGUUGGCAUGACAACAUUCUAUCCUGAGCUUAGCAACUCCAGAGAGCGCCUGUGGGAGCCGCAGUACCCGUUGCCCCAGCCUCCAGCCCCCCCUCUCCCCAAGCUCUUGUUGGCUCAGAUCAUGAACGUGAAGAAAGCGAGUGGUAGCAUCGACUUGAGGAACCUCAAGAAGGCGGUGAAAGCCCUGAGCAAAGCAGCCACACAUUUCAACAAAAAUGAAAUGGAAUGUCUUGUGAAACUGUUUUACUCAUUUAUGGAAAAGGGAUAUGAACAAGGGACCCGAGGCGGGCUGGAGCGUAAUGAGUUUAGAAAUGUCCUGCAUACUGUAUUUGGAAUGACUGACGACAUGCUUAUGAAUAGGGUGUUUGGUGCAUUUGACAAAGACAAUGAUAAUCACAUUAGUACAACUGAGUGGGUUGAAGGAUUAUCCAUAUUUCUCCGAGGAACUUUUGAAGACAAAUUGAAAUACUGUUACCGAGUUUAUUACUUGAAUGGGGAUGGAUACAUUUCCCAAGAUGAAAUGUAUGAUAUGCUGAAGAACAGUCUCCUCAAACAUUCAAUUGAAGAAGAGCAAGAUGAAGGAAUAAAAGAGUUAGUAGAAAUAACAUUGAAGAAAAUGGAUUAUGAUAAUGAUGGGAAACUGUCUUAUGAAGAUUUUGAACAAGCUGUAAAAAAGGACCACCUUUUGAUGGAAGUGUUUGGUCCAUGUUUACCAGGAACUGAGAAGUGUCUUGAAUUUGAAACUCUGAUAUUCAAAGACAUAAAUACUGAAUUUCAACUGUGAACAGCUGGACCCUGGGCAAACGCAAAUACAAACGCAAAAAAAAAAAAAAAAAAAAAAAAAAAAAGAUCCUGACUGCUUUGAACAAUAUCUACAUAUUGAAUCAUAGUAGACUAAUUCAUAUACACGAAGUAGUCUGUUAAUUUAAGACAGAAGCAUAAUAAAUAUGAAAAUAAUGGAGUAUCCACAUUUUAAAUAUAUAUGCCAAAGUAAGACAUUUAAUUCUCAGCAAAAUAGAAACAAGACUCUAAUUUAAAGAUAGGAUCAACUUAUUUACUUUAAUAUUUAAAAGCUAUACAAAAAUGAAAUAGUGACAAUAAUAAAAGUUAUUAAUCUUCUUGGAACAGAUAUGAAAUGGCACAAAGCCAAGCACAGGCCUCUUGAGGCACUCUCUGGACAAACUCGUCCUUCAAGCAAUCAUCCUGUGUCCUACUGAUUCAAAGUAAAAGGAGCAGAAUCAGAAGAACAACAAUGAUGUAAAAACAAACCACUCUGAAAGACUUAAGAACACUCAUCAAUAUGAUGGCCAGCCGCAAUUCCAGAAGACACAAAAUGGAGCAGGAUGCCUACAACUUCAGAGAGAGGUAAUGGACUCAAGAGGACAGAUAGAAGCACAUCUUAUUUUGGUAGGAUCAAUAUAGGAAUUUAAUUUAUGUAAAGGUUUAUUUUUCUUUUACUUCCAAUGGAACAAGAAAGGGGGAGAGGGAGGCAGAUAAGGUAGAUCUGAAAAUAAAAUUGAAUUCUAAAAAAUCAUAUCUUAAAGAAUUUUCCUAGGAACUGCCAAGUUCAAUCACUGUAGGGUCUACACUGGGAUAGCUGCCUUUCUGUAAUUAGAUACUGCUGGUGAGGCAGUGGAAAAAGCACUGGGCCUGGAAUCAGGAAGAAUCAAGUUCACAAGUAGCCCGAGACACUUCUAAAUAGGUGAUGUCACUAACCUCUGUUUGCCAAGCUUUUCUUAACUGUACAAUGGGGAUAAUAACACCAUUGAGGGUGACUGUGAGGGCAAAAUGAUAUAUCUCUAAAGUGUUUAGCAUAGUGCCCAGCACACAGUAGGCACUUAAUAAAUCCUUCCUUCCUCUUAGUCUCAGAACCUUUCUCCCAUCCUCCAAAAUCUUUCAAAGAUAACUGAUCCAAAAGUCAAUUCUUUCACUACCCCAGAAUAUAUCUUGUUUGGGCAUUGGGACUAGAACUCAAUCAGAGGCGCUAGAUCCACUCUCAUUAUCUUCCAUCUUGGUUUAAGCUUCAGUAUACUAUUUUAAUUCUAUCUUUUCUAAUAUAUAGACAAUGCUUCUCAGGAAAAACAAACUAAAUGAUACUAAAAGUUCUAAAAGGUAGAGGGUGAAGAGGGAGAUUAUUCCAAGUAUGGAAAACACCUUGUGAAAAGGUGAGAAUGAAAGAUGAAAUGCAGCAUACAAGAAAAUCACAAAAUCAAUGCGGCUAGAACACAGACCAUGCAAAGUGAGUAAGGUGAAAUAAGUCUGUAGAGAUAGCUUGUUCCCUUGAUCUGAUGACAUCAGCAUUAGAGCCAUACUCCAAAGAAGUCAAAGACAGAGGAAAAGGACCCCUAUUCACAAAGCUAAUCAUUGUAUAAACAAAGAACUGAGUGAUGGCAUGUGGAGGUCAUAGAAGACUACUGCACUGUAAGAAAUGAUGGAAACCUAGGAAGACUUGAAGGAAAUGAUACAGAGUGGUGAGAGGAGAGAUGGAGUCAAUAUAAUUACCAACCAGCAUUCCAGAGGGCCUGGUAUGAAUGAAUGAAACAUGCUCUCCACCUCCCAAAAGGCAAUCCCCUUGGGUCAGAUGAAAACAUAAUUUUUUUUGGACUUAUCAGAAAGGAAAUUUGUUUUGCUGCUUGAUAAAUUUUUGUUACAAAAGUUUCAGUUUUUCAAGGUUUUAGGGGAGAUAGGGAGAGAAAAAAGAUUUCUGUUAAAUGAAAAAGAUCAAGCUCAAUUUUUAAAACUGAAAAGAGAGUUUAGAAUUAGAUCUUACAGGACUUCACUUGCCAAGAAAUUAAUAGAAAUCCACUGAUGCUUCUUGAGUCAGGGAAGUGAACAGGUACACAGACCUACAGACCUGUCCUUUAAGAUUAUCAAAUCAACAUCUGUGUGGAAGGGAGAAUGAAGAUGGGAGAGAAUGGAGGCAGGGAAACCAAUAAAAAGGCUGUUUCAUGUAAGUGAAGAAAAGGAGAUGGAGCAAGAGAUCUUGCAGAUAUUACCUCCACAAAAUUUAGCAAUGAUUGAUUGAGACAGUCAAGAAUGAACCUGAGAACUAGAAGGAUAGACAGUAUUUCUCUUUGCAGCAACAGGGAAAUUAAGUUUAAAGUAAGGACUAAGAGGGAAAAAAAGUAAUUUUAUUUUGAAUAUGCUCAGUUUGAGAUAUCCAUGGGAGAUUCAGAUGGUGCUAUCUUGAAAGUCAUGUGCACAGUAUGACAGCUGAAUCCAUAGACAGAGAGGAAAUCUUAAGUAAUGUUUAAAACAAACUCAUCAGCUUUCCUCUAAAACCUCGUCCAUAUCUCACUUUUGUCAAGACCUUUUUGUCUUCUAGGCAUUUAAGUUUAAAACUUAAAGUCAACUUUGACUCUUUCUUGUUCCUUAUCCUGUGUAACUCGUCAGCUGUCAAAUCCUAUGGACUUAUCUCUACAAUAAUUAAUGCAUUUGUCCCCUUCUCCAUUCUAUGCUCUCACCCUGCUAAGGUCCUUAUCAUCUCUUGACAGUGUCCUGGUUGUCCCCUCUACUUCAAAUCUUUAUUUACUCCAAUCUAUCCUUCACAAUUGUCAAGGUAACAUCUCUGUGCCUUUGGACUUGGCCUUCUCUUGAUCCCUAGCUUUCUUCAAGUCACCUCAAGCAUUAUCUUCAACAUGAGGUAGUUCUGGAUUUCUUCAGCUGCCAGAAGCAGAGGUCUUCCCUCACCUCCAUCCCCUGCUCCAAGUAACCUUAUAAUUAUUUUUACUUAUAUAUUACACGCUUGUUUCUUUUAGUAGAAUGGAAACUUCUUGAGGCUGUUUCACUUCCUUUGUAUCCCCAGUACCUAAAGGAGUAGGUACUUGGAACAUAGGAGUAGGAGGGAGGGGGGGAAAAAAAGGGGGUGGGGAAAAGAGAAAGAGAAACAGAGCAAGAGAGAAGAAGACACCAAGCCUUGGGAUUUAUCCUGGACUUGAGGAGAGGAAGCAGAUGAUGAUGUAGCAAGACAGAGAAGUAAAUAGGGACUGGCAGGGAAAAUAAGAGUAAACCAUGUUACUAGGGCUCAUAAUAAUAUUUCAAAUAGUAUAUCCAUAAGAAGAAAGUGUUCAGUUUCAAGGUCUGCAAAAAGAAGUCAAGGAAGACUAGGAUUCAGAAAAGACUAAGGAUCAUUGGUGACUGAAAUUUAAGUGCCUACAAAAAUCGGAUCACAACAGGCUAAAAAUGAGGAGGCAAAAUAUUGGAAGCAACAAAUUUACUUGUUUCCAGGAGAACCAGAGAGAAAAUGAUGGUGUGAGGGAAAGGUAGAGGUUGAAAAACCAAUGUAUAACAAAAUGUUAUCAUCCAUGCUUCUUUUCCCUAUGUUAACACUGGCUAAGCUCUUCAGAGAUCAUCAAAUAAUAUCUUAUGCUUAAAAUGCUUAAAAAUAAUUAACAGAUUAAAUAUGACCAAAUCGUAAGAACUACAAGUAGACCUAUAGGCCCAAUACUUAGAAUUAUAU